UCCUCUGCGGACACAAUUACUGUAAGAUCUGUAUUUCUGGCUGCUGGGAUCAGGAGGAUGAGAAGAGAGUCUACAGCUGCCCUCAGUGCAGACAGACCUUCAGUCCAAGACCUGCUUUAGCUAAAAACACCAUGCUAGCUGAAGUGGUGGAGAAACUGAAGAAGACUAAACUUCCUGCGGACUGUUACGCUGGAGCUGGAGACGUGGAGUGUGACGUCUGUACUGGAAGAAAACACAAAGCCGUCAAGUCCUGUCUGGUGUGUCAGGAGUCUUACUGUCAAACUCAUUUAGACCGUCAUGAGGAAUAUCACUCUCGUAAACCACACAAAGUGAUUGAUGCCACUGGACGACUGCAGGACAUGAUCUGCCGCAAACAUGAUAAAGAGCUAGAAAUAUUCUGUAUCACUGAUCAAGAAUUACUCUGUGUGUGGUGUAAGGAGUAAGAACAUAAAAACCACAACACUGAAUCAACUGCAGCGCAGAGGACAGAGAAACAGAAACAGCUGAAGGAGACGCAGAUGAAGAUCCGUCAGAGAAUCCAGCAGAGACAGAAAGAUCUUCAUCAGCUGAGAGAGGAUGUGGAGUCUCAUAAGCGCUUUGCACACACAGCAGUGGAGGACAGUGAGAAGAUCUUCACUGAGAUCAUCCGCUCCAUUGAGAGAAGCCGCUCUGAGGCGACACAGCGGAUCAGAGAUCAGGAAAAGACUGCAGUGAGUCGAGCUGAAGAACGACUGGAGCGACUGGAGCAGGAGAUCAAUGAUCUGAAGAAGAGAGACGCUGAGCUGGAGCAGCUUUCACACACACAAGAUCACAUCCAGUUCCUGCAGAGUUUCCAGUCUCUCUCAGCUCCUCCUGAAUCUACAGACGAACUCGACGUUUCCUUCGGUUCUCUCUCCUCUUUUGAUGGCGUGAGAGAAUCUGUCCGUCAGCUGAGAGACAAACUGGAGGAUUUCUGGAAAGAGGAGAUCAAGAAGAUCUCAGACGGAGUCACAUUCACCAACAUGAAUCCCAAGACCAGGAACGACUUCCUACAAUAUUCUCAUCAGCUCUCUCUGGAUCUGAACACAGUGAAUAAAUACAUCAGUCUGUCUGAGAGGAACAGAGUUAUUACUCGCACUGACACAGAGCUUCAGUCGUAUCCUGAUCAUCCAGACAGAUUUGAUCGGUGGUAUCAGGUGUUGUGUAGAGAGAGUGUGUGUGGACGCUGUUACUGGGAGAUUGAGUGGAGUGGAGAUGGUGUGUUUAUAUCAGUGUCAUAUAAGAGCAUCAGCAGGAAGGGAGGGGGUCAUAAGUGUCUGUUUGGAUAUAAUGAUCAGUCCUGGAGUUUGUUCUGCUCUUCCUCCAGAUACUCAUUCAGACACAAUAACAUAGAGUCUGUUCUUCCUGUAAAGUCCAUCAGCAGAAGAGUAGGAGUGUAUGUGGAUCACAGUGCAGGAACUCUGUCCUUCUACAGCGUCUCUGACACAAUGAGCCUCAUCCACACAGUCCAGACCACAUUCACUCAGCCGCUCUAUCCUGGGUUUAAUGUUUGGUCUGGAUCAUCAGUGAAACUGUGUUGAUGUUUCAGAAUAGACUGAGAGAUUUUACCCAUAAUACUUUGAGCCGCAUGAUAAAUCAGUAACAGUGA